CUACCGUCCACUCACACGCACCCGGAAUUCGGAACAGGUGACUGACAGGAGCGAUGAGAAGGAAAGACUGCAAAACUGAUCCUGCUCAGCAAGGGCAAAGAAUCCUCUUUACAGGACCUGAUGGCAUUGGGGAUUACAGAGUCAGACUGUGUGAUUUCCCACAUAGCAUCGGCAUCGGCGCCUUGUCCUCGGGGGCCACAGGGGAUUUAAAUUACCUCUUCCGGCCUGCACCGUGUGCACCAGCACUGUUGCCCAAGCACUUCUACGUUGGAGAAGUGGGAUGGGGCAUUGAGCAUGGCCUUAGACUCAAUGCCAGAACAUUACUCAGCAACACACAGAUCAAGCGUUCUGAGUUUCGCUCGGCCAUGGAGGACAGGAUAUCUCAGAUAUUACAGAAUCCAUGGAAAGCGCCAGAGUGCUUUUUGGACAGGCAGGAGCCGAGCGUCCGAGGGGACCAGAGUGACUGUGAGAACCAGAGCCAGGACAGCAACAACCAGAUCAUACUAAACUAGAGACGCCCGGUUCAGAAGAAAACGGCAGAGAAAACGCACCAGAGUGGCUUGACUUUGCCAGCCGUAGCAGGAGGCAACACUUAAUAAAAACAUCCACAAUCAUGCGCA